AUAAAUAAAAAAGAAAAGAAAGAAAACAAAGCAAAUAAAUAAAACCUAAAACGAUGGAACUGGGGGAGUUCGCGUGAGUGUGAGCAGCAUGAAUGUGCGUGCUUUUCUCUGUUUGUCUCACUGUGCAUCUCUCCCUGUGCCCUCCCCCUACCUCAAUUAUAUUAUUCCCCCAGACUUGGAAGCCGCUGCCUGAGCUGACGCUUUGAUGGUAUCUGCAAGCGUUUGUGCUGAUCUUAUUUCUGCCCCCUGAAUAUUAAUCCCGAAGCUGGUAGCAAUACAUCUCCCCAGUGACGGGACCUACUACAGGCAGGUGGGGGGAGCCACCAUCAAACCAUAAGCAUAAUAAUAAUACAAAGGGGAGGGAUUCUUCUGCAACCAGAGGCAAGAGACACGAGAGAGGAAAAAAAAAAAGCGAUGAGUUUGCCAAAUAUAUGGAGCGCAGGAAGCUCUGCCUACUCGACUCCUGUAUUUUCACAGAAAAUGACGGUGUGGAUUCUGCUCCUGCUCUCGUUCUACCCAGGCUUUACCAGUCAAAAAUCCGAUGACGACUAUGAAGACUAUGCUUCUAACAAAACCUGGGUCUUGACCCCUAAAGUUCCUGAAGGCGAUGUCACUGUCAUCUUAAACAACCUGCUGGAAGGAUAUGACAACAAACUUCGACCUGACAUAGGAGUUAAACCAACAUUAAUUCACACAGACAUGUACGUUAAUAGCAUUGGCCCAGUGAAUGCUAUCAAUAUGGAGUAUACAAUUGAUAUAUUUUUUGCCCAAACAUGGUAUGACAGACGCCUGAAAUUUAACAGUACCAUUAAAGUCCUCCGAUUAAAUAGCAACAUGGUGGGGAAAAUCUGGAUCCCAGAUACUUUCUUCAGAAACUCCAAAAAAGCUGAUGCACACUGGAUAACCACUCCUAAUAGGAUGCUGAGAAUUUGGAAUGAUGGUAGAGUGCUCUACACCCUAAGACUGACAAUUGAUGCUGAGUGCCAGUUACAGUUGCACAAUUUCCCGAUGGAUGAACACUCCUGUCCCCUGGAGUUCUCCAGUUAUGGCUACCCACGUGAAGAAAUUGUCUAUCAGUGGAAGCGUAGUUCUGUGGAAGUGGGUGACACAAGAUCCUGGAGGCUUUAUCAGUUUUCAUUUGUUGGAUUGAGAAAUACCACUGAAGUAGUGAAGACAACUUCUGGAGACUACGUGGUCAUGACUGUCUACUUUGACCUGAGCAGAAGAAUGGGGUAUUUCACCAUACAGACCUACAUACCCUGCACGCUUAUCGUGGUCCUGUCCUGGGUAUCCUUCUGGAUCAACAAGGAUGCUGUUCCAGCCAGAACAUCUUUAGGUAUCACGACUGUCCUGACAAUGACCACCCUCAGCACCAUUGCACGCAAAUCUCUCCCCAAGGUCUCCUAUGUCACAGCAAUGGAUCUCUUUGUGUCUGUUUGCUUCAUUUUUGUCUUCUCUGCAUUGGUGGAGUAUGGCACCCUGCAUUAUUUUGUCAGCAAUAGGAAACCAAGCAAGGACAAAGACAAAAAGAAGAAAAAUCCUCUUCUUCGGAUGUUUUCCUUCAAGGCCCCUACCAUUGAUAUCCGCCCAAGGUCAGCUACCAUUCAAAUGAACAAUGCCACGCACCUUCAAGAGAGGGAUGAAGAGUAUGGGUACGAGUGUCUGGAUGGCAAAGACUGUGCCAGCUUCUUCUGCUGCUUUGAAGACUGCCGCACAGGGGCCUGGAGACACGGGAGAAUACAUAUCCGCAUCGCCAAGAUGGACUCCUAUGCUCGCAUCUUCUUCCCUACGGCUUUCUGCUUGUUCAAUCUGGUGUAUUGGGUCUCUUAUCUUUACCUGUGAGGAGGUAUGGGUUUUAUUGAUCUGGAUCUUAUUCACUGAAUCUCAUGGAAAUAAGAUGUCUCUUCUAAGUCCACUUCAAAAAUCCCCUGUGUGGUUGAUAAUGACCUGAAUUUGUUUCUAUGUCCUAACCUGGUAAAUCGUACAAUGUCAUAUCGUUUGUGCCCAACUCUCCUUUGGUUAGUAUAAUUUGAACUUUAAUGUUUGCUGUGUUUCAUACCUGCAAGGCAAAGGAAAAUUAGAGCAAGAAUUGAAAACAAGCAAGGUAUUUUUCAUCUAUAGCAACUGAAAUAGUGAAAGCUCUUCCUGUUUAUAUUGACCAGAGUCCUUACUUGAUUCAUAAAACAGUUAGAUACCAAGGUCCAAAACCGUAUCCUAAGUUCACUUGGGGGCAAGUUGUGGUAAAUUUGGACAUAAUGAACACAAUGAACUCCCUCAUUUGAGAAUAAUCACAAGCCUAGACUAGAAAUCUCUUAUUCCUUCAUUCCAUGAUAGGAAGAAAAUUUCCUCCACAUCACAUGUACAAUGAUGUAAAUAUUUCAAUAAUGUAGAAUGCUUCAAGUUUAAUGCAUGCAUCUCUUUAGAGCCAAAAUAAAUGGAUUGAAGUUAUCAUCAUAAAGUAUUGUCCUUUAUUUUGUGUCUUUGAGUUAUAAGAGAAUCAUGAAUGUAAUUAUAAGGAUUUGGGUUUAGAAUUGGAGGGAGGAAUUUCCAUUGCCUUCUCCCUCAUGCAUGAAGACUCAGUUUUUUUUAAUUUCUUGUAUGGCAUAUUAAAAAAACACUUUGAGUAAAAUAUAGGCUGAAUAAUUGACAUUUGCCAACUCUAAAUAUGCCCAAUUUCACAAAUAAGCUAUAAAGUAAUCAUAUGUGCUUGCCGCUAUUUUUUCUUCCAGUUAGAGUGAUAGAUCAUAGCAGACUUACUCUCCAUCUCAAGAUCUGCUUCUAGUGACUGUUAGUGCCUUGUGGGCAGAAUCCUUGUCAUUUCUUCUUUGGGUCCUCAGUACCUUGCAUAAUAUCUGACAUAUAGUCAGUGCUCAAUAAAUAUGAUUUGUGAUGUGUUGCCUUCAUAAACUUCUGGUGAAUCUCUCCGUGCUGCCCCGGAACGAGUGAUUCAUCCAUUCAUGUUGGCACUGUCAAGUGAUGCUUGAUUUUGUAGACAUAACCACAGAGGAUCCAAAGAUCUUUGGUUAGUAUGUUCAUCUUCAAAAAUUUGUUUCAGGUAAAGUCUGCACUCCUUUUAAAAUAGUAUCUAUGUUCUAUAUUUGUGUACAGAAAUGACUAAGAGGGCAUAGAGUUUAUAAUAUUAUUUUUUUCCAGGUUUGGGUGUGAGUCAAUUCUGACCCCUUGAAAAUUCUAUUUGCAAAUUUACGCAAGGCAAAAGCAAGAUUCAUACCUGACUGUCAUUCAGAAUGUAGAAUUCUACGCUCUGUGAAAAAAGUAUACAGAGAUUAAACUGAAAACCAAAUGAAAAGAUGAAUGGCCCACAUGGAGGUCAUUGAGCCUAUGAUUGUGGCCCCAUGAGACUAUAUUGUAAUGAAAUGAAGUGAUUGUCCCAGACGUCAAAUGUGAUGAAUUGAGUCUUAUAUUUAUAUACUUACCUGAGUCCUUAUUUUUCUAAAAUAGUACCUUUUGUUGGUUCUUCUUUAUGCAAUCAUUGCUCUAAGUCAGAGUUUAAUAAUAGCUAGUGUAACUUUAUAGAUAAUCUGAAAAAAAGUAGAAAGAAGAGAGAGACUUUGUGAAUAUAAAACCAUGUAAAGUCAUCUGGAUGAAUCUUGAAAUACAUUUAGCUGCCAAUUUUGCAACGUUUAAUAUAUCAGUGCUCUCAUAUUUAACCUCAAACAAAUGUAAAUAGAAUGAAUUAUUUUCUUGUUUUAAAUCGUCAAGAUAUUAAAUGUUGACUCUUUGGGAGAGUUGUUGGCAAAUUUCAAUGGUGAGAAACAUGUUAUUAUUGUCAACUUGAAACGUGUUCUGUAAUAGGGACACUAAAAAAAGCUAGCUUUCCAAUGUGUGCAUAGUAUUGGCAACAUGGAUAUAUAGUAUAUAUAAUCUAAUUCUUAAUUAUCAGCUGCGCCCUGUCUCUGUAAUUGAAAGCCUUUUCACAAAAGGAAUUGCCUAAUGUGGACUUUUACAAUAAAAAUGCUGCAUUCUAAUCCUGGUAGCAUCUCAUUCGUCUGGUUGGACUGUUUUUCUUAAAGAUUGUGACCUUUCUAGUUUCAUUUCCCUAACUUCCUUUCUAAUUGUGAGCUAUGUGAUGAUGUUUUACAUGGUGAUUCUGUUGCCUUCAGAAGAUUUAAGGUGCAUUUGGAGCAUAUGAUGAAGAAGGAAUGUGGAAAUGUGAUGAAGUUAGUAAAGGUCAGGCUCAUGCCUUGAGAUUUUUGAUGCAGUUAAGAAUAGGGAGUUUGAUGUUUGACAAAGUUGGGGUCCCAAACUCAGCCUUUAGGAAUCUCUGUUUUCCCAACUAUAAAUUGGGUGUAACAAUGACACCCCAUAAAGUAACAAUUAACAGAUGCUCUCUCCCUUCUUCCAAUAUUGUCCACUCACCAAUGAGCAGCUCCUUCUUCCUCCAACAAAUCAACCCCACUGAAAGAAUGAAGCAGUGGUCACAGAUGUGCCUUAAGGUGACCCUGCCUCAUGGCAUUUCAUUUUAAAGGAAGAUUUGCCUUGCAACUCUUAUUUUAAACUGUAAGUUUUCAACAAUUGUUGAAAAAAAAUGUUCCACAUCACAUUAGGUUUUAUUUUUAUUGAUUGAUUUUUUUUUACUUGUAGAUGGACACAUACCUUUAUCUUAUUUAUUUUUAUGUGGUGCUGAGGAUCAAACCCAGUGCCUCACACAUGCUAGGCAAAUGCUCUACUACUAAGCCACAAACCCAGCCCCCAGAUUAGUGAUUUUUAAGGCUCAAAUAACCCCAAAGAAUUUCCCUUCUGAAACUCAGAUAUAUAUGGAGUUAAUUAUCCCUGCUUCAGCAACAGUGUUGUAGAUUCCUGAAGUCCUUUGAAACUCUCCCAAGAAUAAAAUAAUUCUUUAGAAAAGCUACUGUAACUGUUCUCUACCUGCCAAUUUCUUGGCCCCUUGUGAUUUCCUAUAUCUGAUUUAAACACCCAUUUCUCACUUUCUAGAUAUGUAGACAUAUAGUUUUCACCUAGGUUUUACCUGCUGUCUAAUUUAAUGCCUCAUUUUUGGCUGAGUGUAGAUUCAUUGAAUGGCCCUCAUCCCUUUUUUGGUCUCAAUAUUAUUCUGUUAGUUGCAAUAACAUUUGUCUGUGAUGAAGGUCUAAUUAAAUGAACCAAAUGAUGUGAUCUUUAGGGAUUAUGCAAAAAAAAUAACUGCUCUCUCUAAUGCUUUGUCAUUGUGGAUUGGAGUCAAAUGUGUAGGAGAAAGGGGACAACCUAGAAGUUCUUCUGUAAAAAUAUGUCCUAUUCCUAGAGUCUCUUUUCCUACUCAAUAGACUCAACAGUCUGUACCUGGUCCAUGAGGUUUUUCUGGUUUUACUGAAUUACAAUAUGCAUUUUAUUUUUUCUUUUUCAAUAUUUGAUGUGAUUUUUGAGUGGCCUAGUCCUAAUGUUUACCUCAUCUGAGUAUUUAACAUUUGUACAAUCCUCUUAGUAAACAAAUUUUAAAUGAACAAUGCUGUGACAAGAAUAUGAUAUAAAUAAUUCACUACCCAUUUGCAUUUUAAAUCAGGCUGUUUAUAUUCUGCCUC